GCGCCGCCGCGUCGCGUAGCAGCGGGGACGCGGCUGGAGAGGUGGCGUCUGUGCAGCUAGGGUGGAGGCAGCAUGGCUAGAGAUGCACCAGGGGGAGAUUCCUGUGAGGAGCUGGACCAGACGAAGUAUGAUGCAGAUGAGAACGUGAAGAUUAUCUGCCUGGGGGACAGUGCUGUGGGGAAAUCCAAGUUAAUGGAAAGGUUCCUUCUGGAUGGAUUCCGACCCCAGCAGCUCUCUACGUUUGCCUUGACGCUCUACAAAUACACAACCAACGUGGAUGGGAAGAAUAUCCUUGUGGACUUCUGGGAUACAGCCGGACAGGAGAGGUUCCAGAGUAUGCAUGCAUCCUAUUACCACAAGGCCCAUGCUUGUAUCAUGGUGUUUGAUGUGCAGAGGAAGGUCACCUACAAGAACCUGAAUAACUGGUACAAGGAGCUGAGAGAGUUCCGCCCAGAGAUCCCCUGCAUUGUGGUGGCCAACAAAAUUGAUGCGGAUAUGAAAGUUACUCAGAAAAGCUUCAACUUUGCCCGGAAGUUCAAUCUGCCCUUCUAUUUUGUCUCAGCUGCAGAUGGCACCAACGUAGUGAAGCUCUUCAGUGAUGCUAUCAAACUGGCCGUUGCGUACAAACAGAAUUCAGGGGAUUUUAUGGAUGAGGUCAUGCGGGAGCUGGAGAACUUUGAGCUGCAGAAAAAGGGGGAGGACUCGGAUAAAGAGGAGAACUACCCCGAGGAGAAGCCCCCAUCCACCUGAGCCCAGGCUUCAGACCAACCUUGUGCUGCUCCCUAUCGCCCCAGCUUCUUCAUGGUUAGUUAGAACCGUCACUCUCUGCCAGAGGAGAGCAGAUUUCUCAUGCACUGGCCAUGCUGGGAGCCUCUGGCUGGGACCAUCCCUCCCUAGGAGGGAGACUGUUUGGGCCUGAUCUUCCUGGCCUGGACCCUAUCCUCCUGAGCAUCCGGGACGCAGAAGGAACAGGAAUACAUGUGACUGCUGCCUGCCCCUGUGGGAGGGAAGGGGGGCAUUUGCUGGGGUGUUGGGCCACUGCCUGCCCUGCAUGGAAGGGUCCUACCCAGGUGUCUAUUAGCAGAGCCC